AUGGGUCUAUCAUCACUUCCUCGCAGGCACCUCAACACCUGCUUGCCCAGUAUCCCCUCACACUCUCGCUUGUCUCCAAAUGAUAUACCUUGUGCCGCUAUCUGCGUCAUUGGUGAUGAAAUUCUCACUGGAAAGACCAUGGACACCAACUCGCACUGGAUUUCUAAGUUCAUGUUCCGUCGAGGUAUCGACCUCAAGCGCAUUGUGGUGAUUCCGGACAAUGAAGAUGCAAUUGUCUCGACAGUGAAAGAUUUGUCGCAAAUGGUUGGUCAUAAUGGAUAUGUGAUUACCACGGGAGGCAUCGGACCCACCCACGAUGACAUCACUUAUGAGAGUGUGGCAAAGGCAUUUGGUCGUGGUCUAGAGUUUCAUGAAUCAACGCUUAGAAGGCUUGAGGCUGCCAUGGCGGACCGCGGUGGAGAAAUGACAGAAGGACGGAAGCGGAUGGCUCUGCUUCCUGUUGGCUGCAAGAUACUUCCUACAGAACUCUGGACACCUAUUGCGGUUGUGGAGAAUGUAUUCAUAUUACCUGGAAUUCCGGCAAUGGUUCGUUCUAUGCUGACGUCAAAUGAAGAGCACUUCGUUGGGGUUCCUAUCUUCCGUGCAAUCGUUAAAACACAAAAAUUGGAGGGUGACAUAGCAGCUCGAUUAACUGCCGUGCAGGUUGCGCACCCGAACGUUGCGAUUGGUAGCUACGUUAACGUGACGAAGAAUGAGAAGGCUGUGCGCGACACGAGUUUUAAUACUCGCCUUACUAUCGAAGGGCGUGACAAGACUGAGGUCAAAGAAGUUAGUGCCAAAAUUGCAAAGCUCUUCGAUGGCAAGCAUGAACUUUCUGCUGACAACUAA